UGCAAAUCAAUCAUACUUUUGUGCGGCAUGGAUAGCGGCAGCAGCGAGGCGGACGCACUAGUGUACUCUCCCACGCCUGUCAACAGCCUCAAGCGGAAAGCACCUUCGUCGAUUGCUUCUGAAGAGGACAAGGAGAACUUGGACGACUCGGGCCUGUUUAACUACUCACCACACUCUCCUGUCACGAGCUCCAGCAGCAACGGCAGCGGCAGCAACCUCCUCAAACGAAAAGCACACACAAUCCUCGACGAAAUUCCAAUGCCCGUGCAUAAACCUGGACAGGAUCUGUCGAUUCAAACGGCAGCCUUCUCGCCCUCACCGAACUCAUCUACCAGUCGAUAUCCGAACAACCAACUGGAUUCCCCACGCAAACCGCCAGGUUUCACUUCGAGCAUCAGUACUGGAGGAUCGACAACUCCGUCAAAGGCACAACUGAAUCACACGUUUCUACUCAACAACUUCCAGCACGUUCCGUCCCUCGACUUUGGUAUGUUGUCCGUGGGAUCGUCUCUCACGAUGGAGUUGCAUUUGUCGAAUCCCAGCGAAUUCGGGGUUGCCACCGUCGUGCUCGAGGAUAUCGUGCCCAAGGCCGCUGCCGCCGUGUUCUUCGUCGACACCCAUCAAACAAUCGUCCUUCCCAUGCAGUCUGCCACGACCAUCACUGUGACCUUUACGCCUUCGAGUCAUGGCCGCGUCGCAGGCAAGCUGUACAUCCGCUUGAACAAGCGGUUCCGACUGUUUUGCGCGCUGCAUGGUGCAACGCGACCCGCUUCGACCGCGUCGAACGUGUCGUCGUCAUCGUCUGCACAAAACGCCCCUCAGAGUUCGAUGGUAAAGCGCCCGAAACUCGCCAAACAGCCGUCGAUUCCGCAAACGUCGAGCGAUCAAGAAUGGAAGAAGCGGCGCAUGGUGUUCGACGCAAAUUGGAUUUCAAAGCAAGAAGCGGGAUUCCAGAAGUGGCUCAAUUUCACGUUGCUUGGCGCCCACUUUAGCGAGAUCAAGGACGAAACCCCGCUCAGCCAAGAUCGGUACGCCCAACUGCGCCAGCUCGCCGUGACGCGCUUGGAAAGCAAGAUUCGCGCAGCUGCCGUCGCGACAUUCCACAAUCCUCAGACGGAUCACGUGCUCUUUCGCCUGCAGAGUGAGAUCAACACCCGGCGGCUCAUGAUUCGAUCCGACCGACCGCUCCACGUCGAUGUCGGGCUCCAGCAAACGCUCAUGGAUCUUUUCAACUCGUAUCACCCGUUGUGGCUCACGCUUGCACUCGAAGUCGUGCUGGGAAUUCGCCUUGUCGAGUCGCUCAGCGACUUGCUCCGCCCAUCGACAAACGCACCGAAACUUCCCCACUUUCUAAAACGCACCAUCUUGGAACGCAUUGUGCAAGACCCGGCCUUCAAACUCAAGCACGUGAUGGCGGCGUCGGCAACGUCCAGCGAAUUGCUCGCGCAACUCCAAGCAACGACCUUGGUCCGGUGCUUGAUGAUCGUAUAUUUUCUCGAUCAAGCCCACGUCCGACGCCAUGUCGAUCACGUCGCACUCCCGUGUUUGUUUCGGCCGUCGAGCCGCAUCAAGCGAAGCAAGCAAGUGCUGAUUGAAAUGUGCCAGCAGUUCCUCGCCCAAGAAGGCAACGUGCUGCGGCACUUGGACCAGCUCGAGUACCGCGUCGAGUACCAGCAAACCGUGUUGGAAGAGAUGGACAUGCAGGUCGUGAAUUUGGCCGUCGAUUUACGUGACGGCGUCCGGCUGGCGCGCCUGCUUGAGACGCUUGACCCGUCGUGUAAAGGGCUUUUGAGUCCACAUUUGCGUCUCCCGGCAGUGUCGCGGCUGCAGAAGGUGCACAACGUGCAAGUGACUUUGACGUGUUUGCAAGCCAAGUACCACAUGCCGAUCGCAUCGGGCGUCGAGUCGAGCGGUGUCACGCGGCUCACCACGAGUGUGUCGGCUAAAGAUAUUGUCGAUGGCCAUCGCGAGAAAACGUUGGCGUUGUUGUGGCAGUUGAUCAGCUACUUUAAACUGUCGCAUGUGGUCCACGUUGAACAAGUUGAGAUGGAAAUUCUGCGCAUCCAGCAACGACGGCGACGAGGCGGCGUGUGGCUGAACGACGUGAUCACGACCGAUCGCUCAAGCGCUGUAGACGACGGGACCAACCAUUUUGCGAUUGACAAGACCAGGGAACCGAUUGCAUGGCAUCUUCUCGAAUGGUGCCGCGUAGUGUGUGCCAACUACAACGUGCCGAUUCGAAACUAUACGGCGUCGUUUGCGGACGGCAAGGCGCUGUGUUUGAUGGUCCACUACUACCAUCCCCGGCUCCUGGAAAAAUGGGAAAUUCAGUGGACGACGAGUGACACGACGACAGAACGGAUGGCCACGAUGACGCCACUCCUGGCCAACGAACGCGCCAACUUUGCCCUUGUCAACCACAAAGUCAAACAGCUUGGUCAAGUGCCCGUUCUCCUUCCCCUCUUCGACUCGGAGCACCUCCCCGAGGAAAAGUGCAUCCUCACCUUUCUCGCGUAUCUCCAUGCGCGGCUUCUCGGCGCAAGUCGCGAAAUCCACGCCGCCUUCUGUCUCCAACAUUGGUGGGUGCCUCGAUUUCGCAGAAGCCGCGCGGUCAAGCGAGACCAAAGCGUUCGGGUGCUGCAGCGCUUUUGGGCCUCAACGUCCCUCACGCGGUACAUCCAGCGAUCCAUUCGUCGACGGCUAGGCUACAUCUGCACUCUGCAAUCGUUUGGUCGGGUGGUGUUGGCGAAACAAGUCAAGGCCGCACGGCUGCAUGCAGUGUACGUAUUGCAAACGGCUGCGAGGAGGUGGUUGCGGCCAUCACCUGCUCGCUUGACGCAUGGACACCCACCAGUGAGCCAUGCCAGCCACACGUUGCUGCCACCACCAGAAGCUAUCGCGGCCACCACGCUCCAGGCCUGGUGGCACCGUUACUACCACCGCCACCAAACACAAACUCUGUGGCGCGCGCUGGUGUUUCACGGCCAUCGUGUGCGCCACACUGCGGCGACAGUCAUUCAACGUUGGUACCAUCGCCACCACGUUCAAGGGUUCUGGUAUGCGUUGGUGUAUUACGUUCGCCUCGACAUUCGCCAAACCAAAGCGGCGACAACGAUCCAAACGUGGGUUCGCCGUUGCCACGAUGCAACGCGGCCGCUGUGGCGCGCCUGGGGCGCCGCGCUGGAACACCCGCGCGUGAUGGCGACGCUCAGGCUUCAGACGUGGUGGCGCCACUGCCGUGCGGUCCGCCAUGUCCAGCAGAACUGGAACAACAUGAUCUAUCAGCUCGUUCAGCGCAAGGCCGCCGUGCGCACGGUGCUGUUGUGGUGGAGACAUGUGCGCACGAUCGAGGUGUUGCGGUCUGUCGUAUAUGCGGCGGUCGACGUGCAUCGCCAAGACCUGUGGAAUCAAGUGCGCAUGGCGUCGGCGAUGCGGCUGCAGCGCUGGUACCGCAACUAUUCCCGUGUGUACGCCGUCAAGACGUGGUGGACGCAGCUCGCAACAGUUGUGUCGGAACAACAUGCGGACGCUGCCACAACCAUUCAACGAGCAUGGUUGCACCACCACAUUGCCAAGAAAACGAUCGCCAACGCUGCCGCACGGAAACAUGCUGCGGUGACGGUGCUUCAGUCUUGGGCACGACGCAGUUUGCAGCUGUGGCGGUGCCGAGAGACGUGGAUUCAGCUCGCGUACGAUUUGUGGGAACUCGACACGCAAGUGACGGCUGCACGGAUGAUUCAAGCGAUGUGGCGACGUCGUCAACGCAUUCAAAGAUGGCGCGCCGUUGUCAACGUUGUCGUGGAGCACGUGCGGGUGCGAGCGGCGGCGGCGUCGCGGCUCCAGCAAUGGUGGACGACCACGAAGCACCUGGUCAACUUAAAGCAAUGGUGGGUGGAGAUCACCAUGGCGCUGUGGGAGCGUCGGGACCGAGACGUGGUGGCCGCGACGAUAUUGCAGCGAUGGUUCCGCGCGUGUCGACAAGUGAAGCUGGCCCGCCAAGUGAAAGAUCAACUGAAACAAGACGAGCAAGUUCGACAGAAGCAGCUUGAAGAAGACGCUCGAAUGCUGGAAGAAGUUGCCGCGACGCGCAUCCAGCUCUGGUGGGUGCAAGCACAACACGUGUGGGAUGUCAAGCAGCGGUGGAAGGCGCUGACGAUUGAGCUGUGGCAACAGCGCUGCCACGAGUUGGCCACCCGCUCGAUCCAGUGCUGGUGGCGCCAAGUUCGAGCGGUCAAAGUCCAUGCACUCAUGGACCAGAUUCAGAUGCACGCCAGUGUGCGCCUCCAGCGGUGGUGGCGCCGACAUUGUCACGUGCAUCGGUUGGCCGACUUUUGGCAUCACGUUGUGUCGCUCGUGCGCCAAGAACAACAACGCACGGCCGCGGCAACGUUGCAAACGUGGGCGUACACGGUGCUAAUGAACCAACGCCACGUUCGAAUUCAACACCGAUGGGCAGCGUUGGUCCAGCAAGUUCGCGCGGCGAAUGCGGCUGCCGCAGCCAUGCUGGAACGACUCAACCUGCAGCAGCAACGCGAAAAGGAACGCCGACUCCAUGCUGAAGACGUUCGAAGCCGGGAGCUUGCGACAAGGAGGCGUGUAGCUGCCACGACGUUGCAGCUAUUUGUCAGGCGGUAUCAGCAACUCCAGUGGUGGCGAAGUGUCGUCAUCCACGUGCAGAACCAACACGCAGCAGCUUUGUACAUUCAACAGUGGUGGCAUGCGCAAAAAUUUACAGCGGCGCAGCGGCUGCAACAACUCGAACGUGUCGUCGAGGCGAAUGCCGCCGUCGUGCCUGCAGCUGGUCGACGCCCCAUCGCCGUCAGGACGGUGUGGACGAUUCCGCCCGUGGUUGUUUUGCAAAAGUGGUGGCGAGGUAUUUGGAUUGCGUUUAUGAAUUCUCUUGAUGACAAGCUUCACGUGAUGUCCGGGUAGGCAUGAGGGUGCGCCUUGGCUGCGCGGCAGCCAUGACAAUCAUGCGUCACCGCGUCCAGGCAGCGCAAACGUCGGCGGUCGUUGCGACGUUGGCCCUGCGCCAGCAGUCGGCCGGCUACGUCCAAGAGGAAAGCAUACCCCUGCGUUAUCGCCUCAAGCGCGCGUUGGCGAUCUUGAAUACGUCGCCUCGACUCCACGAGAUGUUGCAGGCAGUUCACACACUCGAAAUGUGCACGCGACUGUCCAAGGAGUGCUGCAUCGAGUGCCUUGCGCAUCGCGUUCCGCGGCUGCUGUACAAAGCAAUUCGAAAAUGCAACCGGAGCCGUCCCCACUUGGAGUUGCUCCACCAGUUGCUCCAAGUGUGUUUGCACUUGACAGCGUCGCCGGGGACGGCGGACACCAAAACGACCGCCGUCGUCAGAGUCGACGAAGACGUCGAUGGGGUCGGCAUGAGCCUGGAGCUGUGGAUUGAUUUACUGCAAAUGCACCGUGACUCAACCGUGCUCUUCACGCUCAGCGCCCGUCUGUGUAAGCGAACGCUCCAGACGCUCAACGCCAACGAGUGGUCGCUGGGCGAAGCGCCUCGCCGCCUCCGCCUCCUGCAUGCGCUCAUGUCCAAGAAAGCAAAGACCAAGUCGACCGUCGACCGAGUGACGCCCCACCACGCGUCCAAGCCACCCAAGGAGCACCUGCAUCCCCAAAAAGCGGCAGCCAUGCUGCAAACGCUCGUCGACUUGUGUGAAUGACCAGCAUAAACGUUUCCACUCAGCAUCGUCAACAUCACAAAUUUCAUCGCCCACUGCUUUCGCAACGACCGGGCGGCUUGACAAACUCACAGCUUCCGUCUUGGCAACGGUGGACGCAUGUGGAGGGUCGUGGUGCGUUGGCACUGGCGUGCGUGGCUUGUGCUGUGUUUGGUGCGACAACAUGUCCAGGUUGGUGCUGCGGCCAGGUGAAGAAGAGAGCGGCGCAUGUGGCCUUAGCAACGUCUUCGAGAUGCGGUUUUGUUGUGCAGGUCGGCUUGAAGCGUGUUGCGCGUGAAUACGAAUUCAUUCGGGUUGUGGAGCGAAUAGUACGGGUAAUAGCACAGCACGAGGGGCAAAAGCACCUCGACGGCGUGCGUGAGACGAGAGCGGGGUCGCCCGCUGGCUUGGUUCGCGCGAUGGAUGAGCAGUGUCCACCUAGGGCUCGAUAUGAGCAGUGGUGGGUGUGAGCCGGGCGUACCAGCCAUGGACGUACUGCGCGACGACCGUAGCGACUAGUGUGUACACAGCCAGAAGCGAUCGACUCCGCAGAGGCAAGUUUUCCAGCCACAGCGUCGCAACAAGGGCGGCGGCCACGCCGGUGAGACCGCCACCCAAGAUCCCCAACAACGUCGGGCUUGACUGCGGCCCCAAGCUCGGUAUGACGCGGAUUCGAUGGAGGGCACGUAGCCCGGGAAGGGCUCGAGUGAUCUUGAAGCGGUACACGCAAAAUGCGCCGACACUCACCCCCCACGCGGUCACGACGACCGCGUCAAAGAUUGCAAUCGCUUGGCGUCGGUGAAGGCACGCAAUGUAGCCCCCAAGGACGGCGCAGGGGCCGUAGAGGUGCAAAAGACCCGCGACGUGCUGUGCAAUGUGCAGCAGAAUGCGGCGGGGGUCGGUGGAGCGCUCGAAGAGGACGACGAGGAUGACAACGACUCCAGCCUACGCAGUAGUUGAGCGGCGCCAUGCCACGGGACUGGUUCAUGCACCUGCGCCAGGAGCUCGCCGUUGUCGACAACGAACAAGUGGUGCACGGCCUCGAGCUCGAACGCGACCCAGUUGACGCUCUGCAUGAAAAACGCCAGCGCAUACACGACGAGCGUCGCUGCAGCCCGCCAGGAUGGGCACAGCAUGGCGGCACCUCCACUCGCAACGCCAGUGACGCCGCCCAGGACUAUCAGCUCGUGGGUGUACCCGUCAACGCGGCCGAUCAACACAGCGAGGCCAGUGGCUGCAGCACCCGCGAGAGCACAUCCCAUGACGAUGCUCACUACUACGACGAGACUAACGGGACGCGCCAGCGACUUCCACGACGCUGGCGAGCACGGCAACUGGGCCGCAGUCAGCUGGAUACAAAGGGGUUGGGCAGGAUCGGGGCCAUGAAUCCCAGUGUCAUGUCGAAGGAUGGCGGAGGACAUCCAGAAGUAGUCGACCGAGAGGCCGCAGAGCAGGAGGACCGCGACGAUCGGAAUCAUGUUGGCGUACAUGUAUGUGCGUGUUCCGAGGUACGACAGAUACAUCACAGGCAGCAUGCGCAUUUGAUCCCAUGACGCCACGGCGGCAGGGUGGAGUCCGGCCGCAGCACUGCGCGAUGCGGCGUCGGACACACCAGCCGUAACCUCGUCACGAAGGGAUGCCAUUGCCUGCGAACAUGGAGACUGCUGGAUUCGAACAAACGAGCACACGGCAGCAUCUUCUUCGUCGAGGCUGCUUCCGACUAGCGUCGGUGCCAGGCUCCCUCGCAUGCUUGGCAUGGUGACGACUCGAAGCGAAACCUCGUAGGGUCGUCUGUCGUGAAA